AUGAGCUUACUUAUGAAGUCAACACCGAUUCUCGUUUUUCUUUUGGCUUUAGUCAACUGUGUUGCUGCUGACUAUUAUUAUGUCGGACCUACAGUUGGCGGUAUUAUCGGUCUAAUCAUCCUAAUUUUGGAUAUCAUCGCGGCAGUGGAAAUUCUUCGCUCGGGAAAACCGCUCGUUGAAAAACUUCUCUGGAUCUUAUUCAUUAUCUUUUGCCCUAUUAUUGGUCUAAUUGUUUACAUUUUCUUCGGUCGUCCACGCUCUGGUGGUCUAUAA